CUGUUUAGGCUGAGCUGCUCCCGUCGCCCAUUGGAUGCCGAUCAAUUUCAAAAUGGCAUCGUCCUUCGAAUGAAUGCGCGGUCACACUGACCAUUGGCAUUGUCACUGUGCUGUGUGCGCUGAUACGAGCUGCGGACGGUUUUCACCAUGUGACGAACGGCUUUGUGUAAACUCCGCCAUUGCCGAACUGUUGACCGAGACGAUACGUCGACUGCGGACGCGAAUGUGCUCUGGCCGUGCGCAGUGUCCGUUUGCGCAGCAGCUAGCACUACGUCGAAAUCGAGGCGUGUCCGACUUCUCGUCCAUGCCCGGCCGUCGCCAGAUGGGAGAAACGUGUGUCUUCACGGCUGCCAGCUUACUCGGCCUAGUGUUUGUUUCUGGUGGCCCCUUCGCGAGCACUCAUAGCCAGGGGAGGACAAGUCCGGGAGUCGCUUAGCUGCCUGCUUCGUGACACGACGUAGCCAAAUUCCCGCAGAGCUCCCUUGAUCCUGCCGACACCGCUGAUUUUGCGAAGCAGCACUUGUCAUUCACGAAGUAAUCUCAUUUAUUCUCGCGGCUGCUUUUCCACUGCUACUCGCCGGUCCCCUUAUGAAUUCACAGCCAGCACCUAGAGGAAGCCCAUAUGGUCGGGGUACCGGGAAGCAUGCGCGAGGGACGGAAGCUGACCUUGUCCGACCACUGGAGUUUGCGUGCAGCACGCAGGAAAAGAAACACAGCAGCAAGGACGGUGCAGGGUUCAGCGCAGCGAACAAUGAUUCUGGCUAUUUGGACGGCAGUAUAGCGGAUGUGGAAACGGACGAGGAACCUCACGAUGUGUCUGCCGGCGCUGCAGAAAUGAAUGCCAGUUGCUCCUUCGACGAAGGGUUCGUCAAUGGUGUCGCUCAAAACAUAAACACCGGAACAGUGAUGCGAAGUGAUGAUAGUGAAGUAGUGGGUAACGAAGCUAGCUCAUUCAUGAGCCAACAAAAUGCUCCGCUGGUGAACAUUCGAUGUCCGCGACCCGGUAAUGACACAACUGUGAGCAUCACACAGGAGGAGUUCGGUCGUUUACCUGCCGAUGUAGCAGCCUUCUGUUACAUCACUCUGUAUGAUGCCGACUGGCGACAGCUGUCCCGGCGCAGAGAACAGGCGGCAAGGGACGCAGCCAACUCUGCCCUCGAUCUGGCUUACGUACGGGACGAGCACGGCAAACGUCCGGGUUUCUCGGCCAUGUUCGGCACGGACUGGGAUAGAGAAGCGGUGUACCAGGUGUGGAAGGACAUGAAGCGGCAUCUACCGCGUGCCGACCCGCUGGAGCGCGUACUAAACUGGGUGUUGUCCGAUGACGUACGGAGUUAUGCUCCCGACGAAGUGAUUGAAUAUGAGCAAGUCUUCCUGAACUUGCCAGAACGAGGCAAGCACUUCCCCAACCCCAACCCGGCGAUGUCAAUUGCCGUUCUUGAAGGAUACGAAACCAGCAUAUCGCGCUGUGCAUCGGAGCGUGGCACGCACGGUCACAACAGUCCCGUUCCCAUUGAUCCACACGGCCAAAAGAUCCUGGAUAUCUACAAGGAACUCCACCGGAGACAGGCGAAUGUGAAGGAUCAAAUUGUGCUGGGAUCGAUCACCGCCGAGACUCUUGAGCAGCAGAUGCUCAACAACGAUUCCGAAGACAACUCAUCAGAGUUGGUGCAUGCCCUUGAUCACUACCUGGCAUUGAGGCGUGCCUGCAGGACACUGUAUGCCGUGGAGCACAUGAACAACACAGGUCUUGCAAACGGUCACCGCGGUGGAGCUGCGGCGGCGGCAGCAGCAGCAGCAGCGGUGGCUGCAGCUCGUCCUCACCUUCUCUAUGCCCAGCAACAGCAGCAGAGACUGCAGGCAAUGGCCAAUGCCGAUGGUCAUCCCCUGUUACAGCAUGCUACCAAUGCUCAUCACGCUGUGCACCAAACAGCACAUGUUCCACACCAUCAUCAUCAUCAGCAGCAGCAGCAAUACCAACAACAGCCACAGCAACACCAACAGCAGCAGCAGCAGCUGCCUUACAUGGCGCCUAUGCCUGGCCCACACCAGCGCAUUCAGCACCAGCACCAGCAGCUGCAGCACCCUCAGCAGUAUCAGCAACAGCAGCACCAGCACAGUUCUCCCAGGCGUUAUCCGGUUCACGUUACCAACCCGGCGCCGUUUGAGUCGCUGGAUGCAGCUGCCAGGAAUGGAAACAUUGUGGAUGGCAUGUACUUGCCUUCGUUGCCUAGACCAAACAAUGUGUUGGAGGGCAGAAGACCUCAAGUACCCAGUUCAGCCACAAACACAGGAGCCGCCGAUGGAUGUAACCGCCACACAGCUGCACUGGGGCCACUGAAGAGCAAUCGCCGGCAAAAGCGAGUACAUCACCCGCCGGUACCACCUGCAAGACAGUUGUCAAAUAGAAGUAACUCCUUCUACACGCUACCAUACCAAUGCCUGUGGCAACGCUGUGGCAGUCGCUUCAAGUCCUCGCAGGAGCUUUACACUCACGUGGAGCGCCAGCACAUCAAAACUGAUCCUGGAUUUCUGACCGGAGAAAGAGGCUUCAGCUGUCAAUGGCAAGGGUGUACAUCGCAGGAAACAAGCGUCAUGGCCCAGCUGACGUCUCCCUCCACGUCCAAUCUUGCACGUGAUUUUGGCCCCGGCAAGCCCUCCCUCAACGCCAAGGGACGCGGAGGUAAUGCUACGACCGGUCGGUCACCAGGUCAGCCGCGCAGAGUGGCCUUCUCCUGCAAGGCUCGGUACCAGCUGCUCAUCCACAUCCAGAAUGUGCACUGUAAAGAGAAGAUGAAGUUUGACGAGCAAAUCAUGUCAGCUGGACUGUCUUCGGGCUCUCGUGAGGCUCACGCAUACGCCUCAAUGUCCGGGCAGGCAACAGAUGGGCUCUCUGACAUCACUGAAAGGCGCUCUGAAUCGCCCACACGCCCAGGCAAGCACGGAUGAGCCACUCCGCAGUGCCGUUACGUAUCCAGCCGGCGAGGACAACGCAUACAUAGCAUGCUACUAAAGUCUGUUGAGCUUGAUGAUGAUAGCCACUUGACAGCCACUUGACAGCCUGUAUUCUAUCUAUUCACCAUGAGAUCUUCGUCUUGAAAAAUAGUUUACGUUUUCAUUUAUUUUAUAUUUAAUAAAAGCAUCACUCUUCA